AUGUUGAUCAACAUCAUGGACACCUCACAACAGAAAACUGCUGGGUUGCUCAUGGUUCAUACAGUAGACACCACCAAAGUAGCGGAUGUUCUUAGUGAAAAUGAAGAUGCAGAGAAAGACACAUCUCUAGAAAUUCCUAGUGCUCCUGUCUCAGAACCUAACAAGAUUGCUGAAAAUGUGUUACCCAAAACAAGUAACUCUGGUACCCCUGCACCCCCUAACAAAGCCAUUGUAGCGGUUUGCUCUGUGGAUGAGCCCGUCAUCCUACCCUUCCGUAUCCCUCCUCCACCAUUUGCCUCAAUAGAUGUGGACGAGGAUUUUAUUUUUACUGAACCACUGCCUCCUCCUCUUGAAUUUGCCAACAGUUUUGAUAUCCCAGAGGAUCUCUCUGCAAUUCCACCCGGCACCCUGGCAGACUUGUUGAUGCAGAGAAAGCAUGGCAUCCUCCCUCCUGGUUCAUUUAUUCCUGGUGUUGCCUCUAUUUCUUUAGAAAUUAAAAAGCCUGGGGCUCUAUCCAACUGUCUGCCCACCUCAUACAUGCAACAUCCUGAAAGCUUUGACAAUGUUACAGAUUCUGGGAUAGAGGAGGUGGACAGUCGUAGUGGCAGUGACCACCACUUAGAGACGACAAGUACAAUUUCCACUGUCUCCAGCAUAUCUACCUUAUCUUCAGAGGGUGGUGAAAACUUGGACACAUGUACAGUCUAUGCAGAUGGGCAAGCGUUUCUAGUGGACAAGCCCCCAGUACCUCCAAAGCCAAAAGUCAAGCCCAUAAUCAACAAGAGCAAUGCACUUUACAAGGACGCUGUCCUGGAAGAAAACAUGGACACAUUUGUUAUCCCUCCUCCUGCUCCACCUCCACCACCCCCAUUAGGUUUGCAGCAGCCUGCUAUAUUCAAACCUGGGCUACAAAGGACCUCAAAGCUAUGGGGCGACUCCCCAGAGGUGAAAAACAUAGUAAUAAUGCCCAGUCCAAAAGCCAAUGUUAUUAGUGAAUUAAAUUCAAUAUUGCAACAGAUGAACCGAGAAAAGGCCACCAAACCAGGAGAAGGAUUAGAUUCACCCACUGGGAUGAAAUCAGCCAGUCUCAGUACAAGGGGCUCAGAUGCAUUGAGUACAGUCUCAGGUAACAGAAAUACCACCGUCACUUUCACCGUCCGUCCUGGAGCAAACCAGCCAAUCAUGCUACAGAACAGGACGCCCGAAUAUGACAGCAGGAUAGUUGGUAUGAGGCGAGCGCCCAGCCCUGUAGUAUCUCCUGCUGAGAUUGCAAGAGAUAUCAAGCCUGGUCCACUGUCGGCCCCACCCACCUCCAUCUCUGAUGUCUUUGUUCUACCAACGCCUCCCCCUAGCGGGGACCUCUUUGGGAUGAGUAUGGGGAGAAGCAGGUCCCCCUCCCCGUCUAUUUUACAACAGCCAAUCUCCAAUAAGCCUUUUUCAGCAAAGCCUGUCCAUCUGUGGACUAAACAAGAUGUUGCCGACUGGUUGGAAAGUCUACACCUGGGCGAGCACAAGGAGAUGUUCAUGGACAAUGAAAUAGAUGGAACCCACCUACCAAACCUUCAGAAAGAAGAUUUGAUAGAUCUCGGAGUCACAAGAGUAGGACACAGAAUGAACAUAGAACGAGCAUUAAAACAGCUUUUGGACAGAUAG